AUGGACGCCCAGCCAAAGAGCUCGGAUGCCGGCGACGGGACAGCGGCAAAAAAGCGAAGGAUAUGGGCCGCUUGCGAGCUCUGCCGCAAGCGAAAGUCUCGCUGCGAUGGCCAGAACCCCUGCAAGAGCUGCCUCAACACGGUCAAGGCCACCCUGCCCUCGUCGAGCUUGCCCGACGCCAGCUCCAUCGGCAAGGGCGACGUACCGACCACCUCCUCCGACUAUGCUGCCUGGAUCGCAAAGGCCAAGGAGAUCUGCAUCUUUGACUGGAACCGCAAGCCGCGCGGGCCCAAGGCCAGAAAGCGGCCCGGCUCGAGCCAGAGCACCGAUGCCGCCGGCCUCGGCGCACCGCGAACCGAGGCCAGCGCCGGUGCCGCCUAUGUCCAGUCGCAGCAGCUUCAGCUACACCGCGCCAUGUCGGACUCGGACAGCUCCCUCAGCCGCGCAGGCCUCUCGCCCCACGAUGGCUCGGCUUCCUUUUCGCCCCUCACCCCGACCGUGUCCGACUCGGCGACGUCGAUAUCGAGCCACGGCCCGGCCCACAUGCUGGCACGUGGAUCGGCCGACGCAGAGAGGCUGAUGGCGGGAUCCUCGAUGCUCCACCGCCUCUCGGGCUCGCCCGUGGGCCACAUCGGCAGCGCGGGCGGCGGGGCCGAGCUCGACCGCACUCAGCCCUUUGACCCGGCCAAGCAGCGGACCCAGAGCCCGGCGGUCGGGUAUCCGCUGGGCUUCACAUCGUCGCCCGCUGGGCAGUCGGCUGCGGGUGGCGCUCCAACGUUCGUCCAGGACAGCAAUGUGCCCUGGCAAGCCGGCGGACAGGGCCAGCCGAUGAACAUGGCGCAGCAGCAACCUGCCGUCGCCCCAUACCCUUGCCCGGGCGAGGGCUUCGACGGAGCCGGGUCUAGCUUCUUUCGCCACCGGCGCAACAGCAACGCCAGCUUCAGGUCGUCGGCCCAGUUCAGCGGCGCCUCGAGCGGUGCCCGCAGCCGGACGGCCCUGUCGCCCGAACGGUCCAACGACUCGACGGCGCCACGCCGCCCAGCCCUGGGGCCCGACGGCUCCCCCGUUUCCGAUGCGGCCAUCACCCACUUUGCGCAGGCCACUGCCCUCUCGCCGCCGUCGGACGCCAUCGGGCCGUGCGACCGGUACAUGGACCAGACCAACCUCAUCGACCGCCUCCGCCCCUACUGCACCGACCAGGACCGCCCGCUGGUGGCCAUCGCCAUUGCUCACUUUGCCGAGUUCGACUCUCAUGAGAAGCUCGCGCCCGCCCGCUACCUCUUCGGCCAGCAGUCGGGCGGGCCGCAGCCCGAGCCGCCGGCGUACCUGCUGCUGGCGUUGCUGGCGCUGCUCAGCCAUCGCGCGCUGCUGCUGCCCGACGACCUCAACAUCGAGGACCUCGAUCUGCGCGCCGGGCCCGCCACGCUGCGCUGCGCCGCGCAGAACGGCCGGCUCGAGGGCGAGGAUCGACAAGAGAUGCUGCAGUUUGCGCGGCGCUGCUGGUCGUUGGCGUGCGACGUCAUGCUGCAAAAGAUCAGGGCGGGCGAGGUCGACCCGCGGCUGGUGCAGUGCGGCCUGUUCCUCGACCUCGGCGCCGUCGAGGACGGCAUCAGCACCAAGAAGAUGGCCAAGAUGAAGUACUGGCUCUUCCGCGUCCUCUUUUGCUGGCGCCUGCACCAGAUCGACCUGACGCCCGAGUCGCCCGACUACGACGUGCCCUGGGAGCCCGUGACAGUGCUGCGCCGCGCCAUCGAGUACGCCGGCGACGUGGGCGACACCGACGACGACCUGCCGCUGCCGCGCAUCGUCGACGCGCGCGGCUUCGUGACGGACCCCAUCGAGCGCGAGGCGCUGCGGCGCACCGUCAUCUUCAUGACGUGCUCGGCCUACUGGAUCCAGACCUCGGACAUGCAGCUGCCGCGCUUCGACCUGUUUUCGAUGGCCGUCGAGAGCGUCCACCGCGACGACUACAUCCACGAGCUGAGCAACUGGACGCCCAAGCCGCGCACCCGCACCAACGAGUACAUGCAGCAGACGCGCUACCUCGUCUUCCGGCUCUACGCCCGCGUCGUCCGCCUGCUUCACACGCCGCUGCUCGACAUCUGCACCGGGCGCUCGCCCGAGCCGGACCUGCAGCGCGCGCUCAACGAGAUGGAGACCGAGUCCGACUGGCUCCGCAGCAGAAUCGGCGAGGUGACGUUCGAGGGCCCCGAGCAGCCGAUCAAGAUGGCGGCGCUAGUGCAGUCGCGCUUGUGCGAGGUGAUGCUCUACCGCCUUCACCUGGCCAUCCAGGCGUUCUACUUUCUCUUCCCCGCCGAGACCGACGCGCGGCCCGACCCGUCGCUGAAGCUGGCCACCACCAUGGUGCCGAAGGAGCGCGAGCACUUGUCAGGCUUUGAGCGGAUCGCGGGCGAAGCUGCAGGCUCGGCGCAGCAGUCGAGCGGCGUCCGGCACAGCUCGAGUCCUGCAUCCGCGGAUCUCGUCAAUGGGGACCGUUCCCAGCCCCAGGCACGGAUGCCGCCCCAGCCGCAGCCGCAGCCUCAGCCUGCCGCACCGCCAUCCGACGGCGGUUCACCGGGCCUGGCGUUGCUGCCCAAGCCUACGUGCACGCGCAGCCCGGUGCGAGCGUGCUUUGCGUCGAUCCUCGAGAUGGGCAUGGUGGCGCGCCGAUCGCUCGAGAUGCACCGGGCCAGGGAGGCCGCGCUGGCGCCGCUCGAGGACCGAACGGUAGCGGCGGCGCUGUCAUGCGCUCCCGGCGCCGGGGACAAGGUGGGCACGGGCGCCGGGAGGACCAUGGAUGGCAUCCUGCGCUCGGUUCGGUGGCCGCGGCACUGGCGUACGAUUGCGCAGCACGCGUUUGCCAUGGCCGCCGAGACGCACGUGGCCGGGUCGUCUUGGGGUUCGACGUUUGCGCAGAACAACCCGGACUGGGUGGAGCCGCCGUCGUUUGGGUUCCUGCCGGCCUCGGAGGACAAGGAGACGCUCGAGGCGGCCAUGUGGUCGGCGGGCCACACGAUUGUGGAGCUGCUCGAGGCCAUGGGCACGACGGGCAGCCAGCACGCCGCCAACACGGCCAAGCUGACGCGCCAGUACGGGCAGGAGAGGUACGAGUGGGCCAUGCGCCAUUCGCAGGGUGGUGGUGGCGGCGGCGGCGGCAAUGCCUCGGGCUCGCAGAGGUAA